CCGGAAGUACACCUUACAGCAUGGCGGACAAAAACAAACUGGAGCGAAUUGACCACACAAGUCAAAGCGAAACAACCAAACUGGACGAGAAAAUGAUUAAUCCAGAUACAAAAGUAGAGUUCAAAAUACUAUUUAAGUCACCUAAAUCCACUCCAGAUUCUUUUAAAAUGCCAGGAUUACCGGCAGUUUCUCCUAAACACGACACCACGAAAACGGGUACGAAAACAUCCGGAAAAUUAAAAGUUGAAUCAACGUCAGUUGAUAAUAAUGAUAAUGAUAAUAAUGAAUGUGACCUUAAGCAAAAAGACGAAGAUUCAUUUGGUAAACCUUCUACAGAAUCAAAUGGAGCAGUUUUAGGAGACCAAAAUGUUAGUGUAGAAGUAGAUAUUAAACCCAAUAUAAAUCUGGUAAAGACAAGCAGUCAAGACACGGCAAAGAAUUCUACACUUUCUCCUGCAGAACAACUCAAGCAAACACAGGUGGUAAUUCCUUAUAAAGAGCCUAGUUGGAGUGGCCUGCCUGAAGAUAAGUAUUCAUUUGAUGUCCUAAAGAAUGGCACAAUUGUGUCCACUUUCAACCUAGAGAAGCCAUAUUAUGUGUUUGGUAGACUGCCUAGCUGUGAUGUUACUAUGGAGCACCCUUCACUGUCAAGGUACCAUGCUGUCAUACAAUAUUGUAAGAAUCCAAUAGAAGGACAGGAGAGGGGAUGGUACCUGUACGACCUUGACAGCACCCAUGGGACAUGGAUAAACAAGCACAAGACUUACCCAAAUAAAUACUACAGAAUACGGGUUGGACACAUGGUCAAGUUUGGAGGAAGUACCCGCAUUCAUAUUUUACAAGGCCCAGAUGAAGACACAGAAGAAGAGUCUGACUUGACACCUGCAGAGAUGAAGGAACAGUAUGAGAGACAGAAGCGAGAAGCAGAGAUACUACGCCAAGCAGAGAUAGCUGCAGAGGAACAGAAACUAGAAGAAAUGAAAAGAAUUGAAGCAGCUAGAGGAUGCUCUUGGGGAAUUGGUGAUGAUGCUGCGGAGGAAGAUGAGGAGGAAGACAAAGGAGAAAGUGCAAUGCAACAGGCCCUGAAUGUCCUUACUCCAGAAAGUGAAGCUCUCUACAUUAACGAUCCAAAGAAAGCUCUAAAAGGAUACUUCGACCGAGAAGGUUGUGAAGAGCCUGAAUAUGAAGUAGUGGAUGCUGGACGGGGAAAAUACAAGUGUACAGUGGAGUUGCCAGUGGACACAGCAUCAGGAGAGCCUAUGGUUGCUGAGGCAGUUGUGUCGGGUAAGAAGAGGGAUGCUGUGGUGCAAUGUGCAUUGGAGGCCUGCAGAAUCCUGGACAAGCAGGGACUGCUUAGGGCGUCUAAACACGAAAGUAGAAAGAAGAAAAAGAAGAAUUGGGCUGAUGAUGACUUCUAUGAUAGUGACGAGGAUAUAUAUCUCGACCGGACAGGAGAUAUAGAGAAGAAACGGAAACAGAGAAUGGACAAGGCAGGCAAGAGUGGAGAAGCAGCACAGACUUACAACACACUGAUGGAAAAACAUCAAAACAUCCUUCUAGAAAUAAAAGAAAUAGAGGCAAAACUGGAAAAGGCAAAAGCAGAUGCAGCUGCAGCGGCAAAUGAGGGUGAGGUGGAUGCCCUCGAUGCAUACAUGUCUGCCAUAAAAGCCGGAAUGAUGGACACGAAGACCAAGAUGAAGAUGAAACGUCGUCUUAUGGAGCUGAAACAGGAGGAACAGAAAACACGUAAACUUGUCAACAUCGCUAAACCGGCCGCGUUACCUGAGCUGAAAAGACCAGAUCCCUCUACGAUCAAGAAAGCUGAUGUGAAAGGACUUCCUGCUUUUGGGAAAUUAAAAAGUUUACAAAAAGCCACUAAAAAGCCUACAGCACCUGUGAACAUUCCUUUGAGUUUUGACAACAACAAAAUGACAGAGGUGGAAGAGGAAGAAGAAGAGGAGGAGGAGGAGGAGGAGGAAGAAAAUAUUAGUCAAAAAGAUAAAUCUGAUGUGAAAACCCCAGUCUCUGUUGGUAAACGAGAAAUCAGUGCUGCAAAACCUGUGAUAAAGACUGCCACUAAGUCAAGUGAGUUAAAGGAGUCACCCAGACCCCCUGUGUCAAACCCCACACAGCACAGGGCUGUGUUCCCUGAUGAGGUACCAGAGAGUGCUGGAGGCUCAGUGUGUGAAAGUGUACUCACUCAGAAAGGGGAUAAAGUAGAAACUGUAGAUGUUAUCAGUGAAUUUUCACAAGUGACAGAAGAAGAAGAGAAAGUUGAUCAGCAGGCAGUACAAACGAAGAGACAACGCAAGGCAGAAACAACAGAUAAAAAAAGUAAGAAGAGAAAACCUGACCCUGAUUUGACAGCAACAACAUAUGACAGCACAGACCCAGACUAUGCUGUGUGGAUGCCACCAUCAAACCAAUCAGGAGAUGGCAAAACACAUCUCAAUGACAGGUUUGGGUAUUGAAGCAGUCCAGAUUUUGACAAAAUAUCUCAACCACAAUAAUGGUUAUUGAGGCAGAAUUGACAACACCAACAAAGUUUCCCCAUUGACCUGUAUAGAAACAGUGGUGCUGGUACAUUUGUGAAAACCCUGGGUAAUAAUUAACCAGGGUGUUGAAGCAAUUGUGAUUACCUGGGUGUGAUUGAAGCUGUCGUAAUGACCCGGGUAUUGACUGGUAUCAUGUUAUGGCAUGAUAUGAUGGUAUCAAAGUCAUGCAGUGUAUAAUAACAAUAUCGACUUUUAUACAAAGUAACAUGGACAUGAAUUAACCAGGGAGACAGAUUCUGUAGGUGUAUAUAAUUGAAGAUAAUUUUACAAAAGCAAUGUAUUUUGUAUUCACCGUUAAAGCCGAUUGUGAAAAAAAUGAUGUCUACACAUUUGAAGGUAUGUAAUAAAAUUUAUCACUAAUUUUGUUACAUGUACAUAAAGUACAUAGCUUUAAAAUGGGAUAUUUAAUGCAAUUCUAAAUUUGAGUAGAUAAGUAUAUUGUGUGAUGCCAAUUAGGACGAUGGAUUAAUCUCCCGACUUCACACAAUUUUUCAAGUGACCCUCAAUCAUUAAAAUCAUUUGAUGAGAA